AUGCUCCCAAAGCUUCAGGCAUGCUUGGAGCACAACUUCCCCGGGUUCACUAUUCAUGCCUUGGACCACGGUGACCCGGAGCUCACAGAGAGCAGGGAGGCGUGCAGGGCGUAUGCGCUCAAGUACCGAGGCGUGCGGCAGGACGAAUUGCAGCCGCAUGCAGCCGAGGGUGAAGAGACGUUGUCGCAUCAUGCUCUAGCUCAUCCCUCGUCAGAAGCAGAUGACGCGGUGCCGAAUGAGUGA